AUGCCCGAUACUAUUGAAGAGCUUGACGACUCUAAUAUGACUCAGAAGAACAUUCAGAGGCUCGAGGAUGACCGCGACGCUUUGUUGAAGAAGCGUUUCUGGUGGGAGGCUUUGAAGUGCUGCUCCUUCACAUUUUUACUCACUUUCAAGCCUUCCGAGCCCCACAUCUCAACUUACCUCCGCGAAGUUAAGCAUUUCACUGACGUUGACAUCUACACACAGAUCUACCCUUGGUGGACCUAUUCCACUCUGGUAUUGGUAUUCGUCUCAGCUUUUUUGGCUGAAUUCGUUGGCUACAAGCUCUCACUGAUUCUUGGCGCGUGUGGAAGGGUGGCGACCAGGUUUUUAUUACUGUUUGGGACGGAACUCUGGCACAUGCAGAUGAUGCAGGUAUUUUACGCUUUGGGAACAACGGCAGAGAAUCGUGGUUCUAUGCUUACAUAUUCCACAUAG